AUAAAAAAAAUUGUGUUGUUAUUUUUCCAUUUCAAUAAAGUAUAAGCAAAAUAAAAAAAAGAGCUUUGAAUUAUUUUACUCAUAAAUAUAUAAUAUAAUAAAUUUCGUUUCAUUAAAUUAAAAAAAAUGUCUAAGAAAAUUAUUUUAUAUGAGUUUUUCAUACUUUGGCAAUUAAGUCAAGUUUUAGAUGUAUAUUGUGAUCCUCAAUGUGAAAAUUUUAAGAAAUACGUUAUUGACUCAUUAAACCACAUUCGUGUUCAAAACGGAUGGAACUCAAUUCAACAAACAGAAAUUAAACGUGAGCACUUAAUAAUUAAUACCAAAAGCUUCACGAGUGAUAUUAUCGAUGAAAAUAACUUUAUACAAAAACUUUACUUUAUAACUUGUCUCUUAAACUGUGAGUAUUACAAUACUAUGAAAAUUUUCAGUGUAAUGUUAAGGUUUGUUUUAAAUAAAUGUGAAAUUAAUAUUUUUAACAAUCAAAAUAGCCAAUUGAAAUAUUGCACGAGGCUAAUUAUUAAUAUUUUUAAUCGUUCAAUAAAUAUGUUUAAAGAAAUGUUGAAAGCGGCAAAAUAUCUCGAUAAAAUCGACCUACGAAUUAUAAACUCACCUAUCCUUAAUAUUAAAACUAUAGAUAGUGAAAUAAAUUAUUUUUACACGUAUGCAAUUAAGUUAAGCAAUAUCUCAUUACUUGAUUUAUCUAGUACUGAUAGUUGGGUCCAUACUUUUAAAAGUAUAAACGAUUUUUAUGAAACAGCUAAAUUAGCCAUAUCAAAUCUUUACAAAAAUAGAAAAGUGUGUGGAACAGAAGACAAAAGUUCUAUUUUAUCAAAGAUAUAUUACAACGACAAAAUGGUAAAACUGGAGGAGGACUCCAACGAUUAUAUUAAUGAUAUUUAUAAAGAUCUUGAAUUAUAUUUUUCCGGAAGAAUUGAAAAUUGUUAUUCAAAACUAGGCUUUGAAAAACUAGAAGGAACAUAUACGUUCAAAUAUAUUCAUUCGGAAAGAAAGAUAUACGGCCAUAAUGAAGGUAUUGAUUUGUGUAAUCAUUAUAUUUCUCAGCCUGGUUGGAAGUCAUUGCAACACAUAGCUGUUAAAACUGAAUUUACAAAUGGAAAAUCGCUAAAUUUUAAAGACAUUAUAUGUUCGGUUGAUAAGAAAAAUUAUUAUUUUGUGAGGUCAUGUCUUGCACUUAUUUUAAGAUGUCGCUAUAUUGAAAUACUUCGUAAUUUUAAUAUAAUGUUGGGACAUAUAGUUAAUGUUUGUAAAUAUGAAAAUAAAAUUAAUUGUGCGGUUAAGCUUUAUGAAACACUUAUGACAUCCGAUGACAUGUUUCAAAUAUUGUCAGUUGCUCUAACUACUUUGAGAGACUACAAUAAAGAUAAAAAAUAUCGAGAUCAAGAAAAACUCAUAGAGGAAGUGGUAGAAUAUUUUAUUGAUUAUUUGAAUGAUGUUAGAAAAAAGUAUUUUUCCCCGUCGUUAUUUACUAAUAAUGGACUUUAUGAAGCUCAAACGUUUCUUGUAGACGUAGCUCACGUUCAAUCUUUAGAUUUACAGGCGAAAUUAAAAGACAUAAUUCAAUUUAGCACGACAUAUUGCAAAAUUAGUAAAUGUGAAUCAGACAUAGACAUAAUUACAACAUUUAAACGAUUGAUUCAAACCAAUGACUUGACAGUAUAUAGUACUAAUUAUCAUUCUAUGUGUGAUUAUUUAAAAUCUUUUGUUCUAAACGUCAUGAAAAAUGAUUAUGAGUAUUUAGGUUUCAAUAAAUUGCUUUGUCAAAAUUAAUUUUUUAUUCGGGACUUAUUAUAGUAUUGUAAGUAUGUUAUAAAUGUUAAUAUAAAAUAAUUAAAUCAUCUCAGGUAUAUCAUGAUUAUGUGACAAAUUGUCAUGAGUUUUUGGUGUACAUCAACUGUCAUCAACUCAACGGAUAUCAGUUACUGCUUUAAUUAAGUCAAUCAUUUUUUUAUGAGUCUAUAAUAGGAUGGUUCAAAAAACACGACUUUAGGUAUAUUUUAGAAAAAAUGUAUUAGAACUUUUUUUGUUUGAACUUUAAUAAUAAAUAUUUUUUAUUGUAUACAUUUUUACGCUAACUAUAAUAUUAGUUGAAAUAAAUAUGAAAAAGUAAAAUACAAAACUAUUUGGUCAAACUUAAACCCCAAUGUGGUACUGGAAGAGGUUGAUUGAUCGAGUCCAAAUUUUUACAGUUUAAGUUUUCUAUAUCAAGUAAAAAAUACGGGGUGGCGAGAUCAAAUAUCUUAAAAAAAAAACUUCUUCUAAGUGUUUGAACCACCCUUAUAUAUAUUUUAAUUUAAAACUUAUGUAAUAUACUUUAAUAUAAAAAAAAAAAAUUCUAUCUAAUAAAAAAUAUACGAUUUUUGUAAAAAAACUUUUUUUUAUAUUUUUAACUUUAAAUGCUAUAACU